UACUCGCCAUGAGGCUCGAAGACUUGCUUGUUCAAAACGGCUCCAUGAGACUCGAAGACUUACUUGUCCAAGAAGAAACCCCGGAACACAAAGUCACUCAUCAUGACGAUGAUGAUGGUGAUGAUGAUGAUGAUGAUGAAGACCAAGGCCAUCAUCAUCACCACCACCAGCAACAAGAACCUGUGAAAUUUGUGGACAGAACAGAUGAAGACGAGAAGAUGGCUCUGGCGAAGAAGAAGAAGAAGAAAAGUCUUGAGAAAGAAGUGACGAAGCUACAAGGAGAGUUGGAAGACGAGCAGGCACUGAACAAGGCUUUACGUGCGAUGAUGCGUGGUCCAGUGCUUUCUCAGCCCAGACUCUCCCUAUUGCUUCUUCCUCCUCAGGUUCAGGAGCUGAUCGAGGAACUAGCUUCGGUGGAGGCAGAGAUUCUCUGUCUGGAAAAACGAGUCUGUGAGCUGAAACUCGAUGUAUACACGGAAAAGAAAGAAUCCGAAGAACGUGAAUCCAUGGCUUCGUUGCUGAAAGACGGUGAUGAAGAGGCCGAGGAAGAACAUAGGAUGCAUCCUAAGAGAUUGCAACGACAGAACCACCUACCUUGCGACACAAGCAAGGACUUAUUGUCUGAUACAAAACCCAGAUCCAAGUCCCAGAGUUAUGGAAACGUAAUGAAGGAAACUAUAACAAAGAGUUCUCGUACUGUUUCAAUGGGAUCAGCCAUGGAAUUCUCAAGAAUUACGCUGUCAAACUUCUCGGGUGAGCUCAAGGAGAAGAGAGCCGAUCAAGCCAUGGAGAAGAACUGGAAAGAUUCGCCCAACAGUGUAUCCGAAGAACUGGUGAAAUGCCUGAUGGGAAUAUACUUUGAACUGAGCCUCACAUCUCGAGAAAGGGAGGGAUCGAAUACGGUUUCGAAGCUCAGUCUCUUACACCUAAAGAGCGCAUCUUUCAAACGGAAAUCUGUCUACGAACACAACGCUUCGAACCUUGAUCCUUACGGAGUCGUGACAGGAACAUCUGUCAGAGACAUUGGACAGUACAAGAACUUCAUCCAUAUCACAAGAAGCUCCGUCGAUGUCAGCCGUUUGUCUGACUGCUCGACUUCGAUCGUAAAUUUGAGGGUUUUCUUGGAGAAGCUGAGCAAAGUCGACCCGAGUUUCUUGAGCCACAAGAAAAAGCUGGCGUUUUGGAUCAACAGCUACAACGCCUGCGUCAUGAAUGGUUUUCUCGAACAUGGGCUGCCUUCGUCAAAGGAGAAACUACUUGCCACGCACAGAAUGGCAACGAUAAACGUGGGAGGGACAAGACUCAACGCCUUAGAAAUCGAACAGCUCAUCUUGCAGAACCCUUUUGAACACAAAGAACCCAUUGCAGUGGGAGAAAAAGAAAUAAAUCUGGAGAGACGGUAUGGUCUGAUGUGCAAAGAACCCAACUUGGUGUUCGUGCUUUGUCAUGGAGAUUGGUCUUCACCUGCGGUUAGGGUUUACACGUCAGAAGAAGUGGUGAAUGAGCUGAUCAAAGCAAGAACGGAGUAUCUAGAAGCUUCUAUCGGGGUAACGAGCAGGCGCAAAAUCGUGGUACCACGACUGCUGCAUUCCCGUCUUCGGGAUUUCACCGAGGACGAGAAAUCGUUGUUGGAAUGGAUUUGCAGCCAGUUGCCGCCAUUGCAACGUUGCUUGCAGCUCAAGGAAGCUAUGAUGGAUUGUCUGAAACUGACGACCAGUGUUCCAAUGGACAAAGUGUUUGAGGUUCGGCCUCACCAUUACGAGUUCCGAUACCUUUUGCCCUUGUGAUGAAAUCAUAUAUAUAUAUAUACACGGAAAAACAAAUACCAAGAAAUUCAUGAACAUAAAAAGGGUUGAGAUUCUUGUUGGGUUGUGGGAAAAAUCGCAGGAACAAAGAUUGUGUUUUUGUGUUGUAGUUAAGUUUGUACGUUUUGUCCUUUCUUCCCUUCUGCAAGCCCUUUGUAAACUUGUGUCUGUAUCAUCUUAGCAAUGGCAGCAGCCAUUAGAGCCGACAUUCCAAAGGCAUUGA